AUGGUUGGAGGAGAAACUGGCGGCGGCACUGGGUUCGGUAGGGUCCCAGUCAUUGAUAGCAAAGGGUGUUCCAGGCUUUUCCUUGGAAUGGGAUUCUCUUCCUUUUCUUCUUCCUCCAAUUCCAUGCCUUCAUUCAGAGGUUUGCAAUCCUUCGAUUCAAUGCUUCCUGUUGCCUCCUCUGCUGGCUCUGGAAUGGCUGUUCCCCAAAAUGCUCCGUUCGCCGGUCUCACCAUUUGUGUCACUGGUCUCUCCAAAGAAGCAAGGAAACAAGUUAUGGAGGCCACAGAGAGAUUAGGUGGUCAAUACAGUCCAAAUUUGCACCCCCAGUUUAGGUUGAGUGAGUCACUCUACGCUGUGAAGAAUUUGGGAGACAAUGGGGUGCGGUUAGAUGAUUUAAACCGGCUCGUUGGUUUCACUGAUGCUGAAAAUUCAUGUUUUCCUGAUGGUGUUAGCAACAGCAAGCAAUUUGACAUGACUGAGAGACCAGCACAUAAGCAUGCUCCUAGGAAAGCUUCUAGCCGCAGUAAUGAUCUGAUUUUCUCUAGUAAUGCCAUGUUUGUCGAUCCAGAUGUUUCAAAUGAUCUCAAGAUUAAGGUCCGAGAGGCUGCCAGCCAAGAGGGUGCCACAUUCUUAGAUCGAUGGUUUGUUGGUUGCGGUGCGAGCCAUAUUGUGUGUGAAGAAGCUUCUGUGCAGAGAUACCUCGGGCACACUAACAAUCUUGUUACACCACUGUGGGUUUUGAAAACUGUAAAGGAGAAACAAGUGCAGAGGCUUGUCCACAUCUCUGCUGAUUUGGCCAGGCAGGUUGCUGCAACGCUUGAAAAUUUUCCACAUGGCAUUGCUGGCAAGGAAGGUUACAAGGAAAAUAUGCAUCAACAUGAUAUCGAGGCUUCUCUAGGUAGAGUCAGAGAGGCAGAGAGGCAAAGGGCAGUGGAAGUUGCUAAGCAAUGGGUUAGAAAUCGGCGUGGUCGUCGCAUGCAGACAUGCCAAACACCACUUCGUCCAAUAACUCCAAGCAGCCUACUGGAUUCAAUUUGCUGGUCGGUAUCUGAGCCAGCUUCAACUGCUUCUAUUUACACAGACUGUGUUAGCAGCGUGGAUGUCAGCGAAGAAAAUCAGACCUCUGUGUUCUAUGAUGCAAAAGGUGAUGGCAAGGAGGACUCGGAUCAGCUGGUGGCUUCAUUUGCAAACCUAACCAGGCCCCUCACAGAAAGUGAGAAAACUGAACUUGUCUUCCGCAACCAUUUCCUCACUAUCCUAUUUCCAGUCGACCGGUUUUCUGAGAUGGGACCUACUUCGAAAACCUUUUUCUGUGACGGUGGUUUUACUUGUUUACAGGUUUUGGAUCACAUCUAUGCAUUUUACCAGGAGAAUAUGUCAGUUGCAGAAAUAGAGGUUGCAAUUCACACAGACUCGAGACAUGGUGACCGGCUUCGAUCUGCCUACUGCAGUAACGAAGCAGCAGAGCUUGGAUAUGCGAAGUUUAAACGUAUCGACUUCUUAGGGAGUCGCCGGAGUUUUGAGAUGUUGAAACGGGUUACUGGGGACAACAGUAGUAAUAAUGUAUAUGAGCUUUUGAUUAGGGCGUAA